UUCCAAUCAAUAUUUGCUGAUGCAGGUUCUUGUUUUUCAAAAUAUUAGUAUCAUACCAGCACGUUGAAAACUACUUCUAGCAGAUUUUUUUUUGUGUUCUCAACAACUACGUGGUGACCGUUUUAACAUCUAUCUUCAAUCUGAUUGAAUCAUUGAAGAAUUACGUGUUUAUUACUAUUUGGAAGAGCGGGUUCCGCGCAACGACAGUGGUUCAGCUGCAAAAGACACUGGAUGAGCAGUCCUUCACCGCGUCUUUCAGUCGAGUAUUUGACUCAGAUCGGACUCUCAACGUGCGCCUCAUCGACUCGUGCCUCGUCAUCAACAGCGAGAAUGCCGGAAACCGGAGGAGAGCCUGCUGUGCCGAACGGAGGCGGCGCUGCAGCCUCCGCAGUUGUAGGGGCUGUACCUGGAGGUGGUAACACCAAGGCAGGAAAGAAAAAUAAGAAGGGCGAAAAGAAGCAAAUGAUCGAUCUCGCGCCACCGCAUGGCACACGAGACUUCUUCCCAGAGGAAAUGAGAUCACAGAAAUGGUAUUGUUUCUUUUGCUUUUGGGUUCUAACACAAACUACAAGAUCUUCCACGAACACAACUAAGUAGAAGAACUCGUCUCGCAGCAGACCAAAUAAUCUGAUUUAUCUUGUGGAAGUUGGUAAACGUGAGACGUGAUGAUGAAGAUGAUGAAGAUGACUUUCGCAUGAACUACUUGUAAUUCGUGAUCUCCUAGGUUUGUUCAAAGACAACUUCUCAGGGAGGUGAUCCUCGUUCUACAUACUACUAAGGUUGUUCGAUAAGUUCAGCGGGACCGCGAAAAGAUUCGGGUUCGAGCUAUAUGAUGCUCCUGUCUUGGAGAACGUCGCUUUGUAUGAGCGCAAAGCGGGUGAAGAGAUUACGGAGCAGAUGUACAAUUUCAUCGACAAAGAUGGCGCAAGCGUAACGCUACGACCCGAAAUGACGCCGUCGCUUGCACGCAUGGUUUUGAACCUGAUGCGGGAAGAGACCGGACAGAUGAGUGCCAUCCUGCCGUUGAAAUGGUAUUCCAUUCCGCAGUGCUGGCGGUUCGAGACCACGCAGAGAGGCCGUAAGCGCGAGCACUACCAGUGGAACAUGGACAUGAUUGGAGUGGAAAACAUAACGGCGGAGGCCGAACUCCUAGCCGCGGUUGUAGACUUCUUCGAGUCCGUAGGCCUCACCAGCGAGGACAUCAAGAUCAAAGUCAACUCAAGGAAAGUUUUAGGUACUCAUUUAUAUAGAAUAGACUAUGCUGUUACUGAUUCUCUGCUGAGACAUUCGAGACAUUUUCUUCCUGAGUUUUCUUCUUUAGGCACCUUGCUGCCGGGUCAGCUCGUUGCAUAGUGUCGGACUAUACCCUCUGCAAGCAUAAUAUCCUCGCAACUUCUGAUUUCUAGUACUUCCACCUCGACUAACCAAUUUUUAGGUUUCGUUCUCGCCAAGGCUGGCGUAUCUGACGAGCAAUUCGCGGCUGCCACUGUAAUUAUCGAUAAGCAGGACAAGAUCGGCGCUGCUGAGUGCAAGAAGCAGUUGAAUGAGUGCCUAGGUCUUGCACCGGAUACCUGCGACAGAAUUGUGGAUGCCACUGCCGCAGAAACGAUAGAGAGGUUCGCUGAAAUCGCAGAGGCGACCGAAUCCGAAGAAGUAAGAGAACUCCAGGAACUCUUCUCAUUCGCCAAGGACGGCGGCUGGGUGGACUGGUACUACAGCUUCUAGAAUUUCUUGCUACUUAACUACCGAAGUGGAAGUUUGUUAUCAAACAAGAAUUUUUUUUUCUGUGCGUAGUACAUCUCAACCGUAGAAGCCAUUUUGGCUCAAGGUUGCAGGAGUAGAACGAAGCACCCGCCGCUUGUGAGAGGAUAAACAAGCCCUUAAAGAAAAAGUUGGUGUUCCUCUGCAGAUUAAUUAACUUUUUCCAUGAACAUCUCGCGACUCGCUUGCUCUCAAUCCCGCACAAAUCGUACCAAUCCCCUUCCCUUCUCUGCAAAUCAGGCUGGUGUUCGACGCUUCGGUUGUUCGGGGUUUGGCGUACUACACGGGUAUAGUGUUUGAGGCCAACGACCGCAAGGGUGAGUUCCGUGCGAUCUGCGGUGGCGGUCGUUACGAUAGGCUUUUGUCGCUCUACGGCGCAACCAAACCCAUCCCGAUGGUCGGGUUCGGUUUCGGCGAUUGCGUUAUCAUGGAACUCCUCAAAGAAAGAGGCCUCCUACCGAAAAUCGGACAGCAAACGGAAUACCUUGUACAACUUAGAUAGUUAGAAAAGUUUCUACUUUGCAAUUGCAUCCGUUCAUCAGUGACUUCCGUUUCUGCUAUGAUCUCUAGCUAAUAACAAGCAUGUUGGAAUAAACUUUAUUUUGUUGCCUCUCCCUUCAGGUUUGCGCCUUCAACAAGGACAUGAUGGGACCAGCUAUGUCUGUUGCGCGCGAGCUCCGAAAAGCCGGUAAAACCGUUCUUUUCUACCAACAAGUGGCCAAGAAAAUCGGCAAUGCGUUCAGCUAUGCGGACAGAGUUGGCGCGCAGUAUGUUGCACUAGUCGCGCCGGGUGAGUGGGAGAAGGGCGAAGUCCGCAUCAAGGACCUGCAUGAGGAGGACAAAGACAAGAAAGAAAAGGAUGUCAAGUUUGACGAUUUGAAAAACCUCUAAAUGUUGCUUCUUAAUUUCUUCUUCAUGCGUUGCGUGCGGCAACAAGACAAUCACUCAUAAGUGUCUUGUACGGUUCACGCGCGGCAUCGAAGGGAAGAAUGACGUACUAUGGAAGAUACCGUUAUUGAAGGUGCGAAGUUCAGGUUCUUCAGGGAAGAUGACUAGAUGAUCGAUCAUCGAAAACGAUAUCUCCUUCAUGGUGAAGAUGAUACAACUUCUAGUGGAAGAAAAUGUUGAUAUUCCCAAACUGAGGUAACCAAACGCAAAGUGCACACCCGUGCUCCUUGACGACAUCAUAGGACAAUCUAACGACAUCAUACGACCCAACUACGAACAGCGCUUCGUUUUUUUUACUAUUCGUAGGCAUGACAAACACGACACGCAUUUUUUCGUUGCUCGCGAAUAUUCUUCCG